AUUGGCUGCAGCAGCAGCUGGACCCUUCUCGCAGGAAGCGGUGUUCAAAUCCAAGCUGCUCGACGAAGAGAAGAAGAGGAAGUUCCAUCUGCAUCCGGGUUCCUCACACUCGCGCGGAAUGUUCGAACAUGUUGUUAAAAAUAACUAAAAGAAAUGGCUGAAAAAUAUUCCAAGUCUAAACUUAAACGGAAUAAAGUGUCAGUCAAAGAGCUACAGCCGGAAAUAAGUUCCGGUGGGACCGCGCGGAGGAGUCCUGCCUUCCCCAGAGACAGCACUGCGCCGACGGGAAGGGUGGAGGCUCCUCCUGGGGGGUGGUGGAGCCUCCAGCAGCUGCCUGCAGCAGAGCGGCUGUGGGCGAUGGCUCUGAGGAGCGCUCUGCAGGAGGACCAGCUCUGGGACCUUCCUCCUCCUCUUCCUCCUCCGUCUGUAGCGAGACCUGCAGCCGGACGGGUGGCGGAGCAGCGGUGGUGUGACCUCAGUGGAGAGGUGCCCCCCCUCCCUAGACCCUCCCCCCCCUCCCCUCUCAGGCAGCAGCAGCCCUCAGUGCUGUCCUCUCACUGCAGGCCCAGUGAACCCCCCACCCAAACAACAAGGCCCCCCCUCCACAGCUGGGAGGAGCCACCAUCACCCACCACACCCUCAGGUGAUGGGGGAGACAGGUGGAGGAAAGAAGGAGAGACUGGAGUGCUCAACAGAGAGCAGGGGGGGGCCAGGAGGAAGGGUUCUCUACAGAGGGUGGAGGAGCAUAAAGAGGAGGGGGUGCAGAGGACUGUUGGAGCUGCAGCAGGAGGGGGGGGGCUGCACAGCUGUCCCAUGUGCCUGCUGGAGUUCACUGUGGGCUCCACACAGAUGGAGCGUGACGGCCACCUGGCCCGCUGUCUGUCUGAGGUCAAUGUGGACAUGAGCUGGUGAGAGGACAGGAAACACACACACACACACUGACUCAGGAUCAGAUGGUACACUGACGGAGCUCUCCUCCACUCUGGGCCUGACUCAAAGUGACAGAAGCUCUUUGGACAGAAGACAUGAACACUGGAAGAAGUUUCACAACUGAAGACACUCUGACACCAGGGCGCUUUGACUGCUCUGCUCACUAAAAACAAAAUGAAACUAGGCACAAAGCUGCUAAAGAAAAGGGCUAUCCUUUGACAGACUUCUGUUGAAAUGAAUUGAAUGUAAUGUUACAGAUUUGUGUCUCUUGUAAUGUUUAACAGAUGAAUUAAAGAAAUGUGUGUUAACGGAGAGCUUCAGAGACGCAGCCCGGCUUUUACUCCCACUGGGAAUAUUCAUGCUAAGCUAAGCUAACCACUUCAUGUAUUUUGAUUUGAUCUUCUCAAGCACAGAAACAUUUUUUAAAACUGCUUAAAGGUAUAAUAUUUAACAUCUCUGUAUUAAAAUGUCUAUAAACGACUGGACCUAUA